CACAUGCAUACAGGCUCAGCUGUUUGUCUUAGAUGAGGGUUCAGCCCGUGAAGCAGACAUAGAUCUAGGAAAUGGAGUAGUCUGACAGAUUUAAGCCUCCAAGGGAGAAAACACACAGUGAGCACUAAAAGAUGGAUAGACAGAGGAUUCUACAGUGUGUCUGCUAUCGGAGUGAAAUGGGUCCAACAUCUAAUUCUCAUCAUGGCAGCAGAGAGCCCAGAGACAGAUGGUCCCAGAUCCUUCAUGCCUGCUGAGCUCCAGCAUCCCCACUCUAAGUAUUCUCAGUGGAAGUUUAAGCUGUUUAGGGUGAAAUCUAUGGAGAAGGCACCUCUGCCGAGUGAGACACAGACCGAGAUUGGAGCUUCAUUAGGGAACUCACCUCCUACCGCUCCAAAUAUAGAAGCAGAUCAUGGAGGGGGACUGGCGAGUGUUAUGAAAUUGUGCCUUGGGGGAAAAAGCAAAGAAAAUGUGGAGGGCGCUGGCAAGAGAGUCGAUAUGAAACUGCAGGAAAUGGACACCCACAUGAACCAUCUCAGGUGCCUGUGCCGCAUCUGUGGAAUGGUCCUGAGGAAGGUCAAAGGACCCGUGCAUGAUGUCCAUGGUGAUCUGGACGACGCAAGCAAGUGUGUGCUCCGCAAAAUGGGCUGCAAGUUUACGAGCUGGCCAGACAUCCUUCUGAAAGUAUUCAAGGUGGAUGUGACGGAGGACGCAGAAUCCAUCCACCCUCUUUCCUUCUGCCAUCGCUGCUGGCUUGCCGCCAUACGAGGAGGAGGGGUCUGCAGCUUCACUAGAACAAAAGUCCCAGAGUGGAAGCCCCACGCCUCCCACUGCUACCUGUGCUCCCCCAAAAAGUCAUCAUUUCAAAGGACUGGAAGAAAGAGGAGGAAGGUUGUUCCUAAAGUCCAGAGUUUGGCCAAAAGAGCCAGGUGGGAUCACAGUGACACCAUUGCUGUCGGUGAGAAGCGAGCCCUUAGACCCUUUGGAGACCGCCACAGCCCUGUGCUGAGGGCCUGGAAAAAAAAUGUUAUCCAGAGAGAACAGUGGGUAAAGAAUAUCACACACUGCCAAAAUGACCACCUGAACACCAAACUGAUUGCAGAGAAGCUCCCUGCGGAUUUCAUCAUUUCUUUCACCUGCCUGGUGUGUGACCACCUGCUCUGUGAUCCAGUUCAGUCCCCCUGUGGGCAUCUCUUCUGCCGCAGCUGCAUUAUAAAAUUUACCCACGUUCUGGGACCCCACUGCCCUUCAUGCAACCUUUCUUGUGCCCCCGAUGAUCUCACCCCUCCUGCCAAAACCUUCUUAUCAACUCUCUACUCUCUGCCUCUGCUGUGUCCCUGUGAAGGUUGUGGUGAGCACGUGCAGCUAGGCUUGUUCAAGGCCCACUGUCUGAACCAUGAGUUGGAGCCGGGCACAAACAAACACUCAUCUCAUUUUCAAAGUUACCUGCUAACCAAUAAGGGAGGAAGACCCCGCCAGCACUUGCUCUCCUUAACCCGUCGUGCCCAGAAGCACCGACUGAAGGAUCUGAAGAGCCAGGUGAAGGUGUUUGCAGACAAAGAAGAAGGCGGUGAUCUGAAGUCUGUGUGCUUGACACUGUUUCUGCUCGCGCUGAGAUCUGGGAAUGAACACCGGCAGGCAGAUGAGCUGGAGGCCAUGAUGCAAGGCAGAGGCUUUGGAUUGAGUCCUGCCGUGUGCCUGGCUAUUCGGGUCAACACAUUCCUGAGCUGCAGCCAGUAUCAUAAGAUGUAUCGUACAGUCAAAGCUACAAGUGGCCGCCAGAUCUUUCAGCCCUUGCACACCCUUAGAGCUGCAGAAAAGGAACUCCUUCCUGGCUUUCACCAGUUUGAAUGGCAGCCAGCUCUCAAAAACGUGUCCGCAUCUUAUAAUGUCGGCAUCAUAAAUGGGCUGUCAGGAUGGACAUCUUCGUUAGAUGACUCCCCAGCCGACACCAUCACCCGGCGCUUUCGCUACGAUGUGGCUCUUGUUGCAGCACUGAAGGACCUUGAGGAGGACAUCAUGGAGGGUCUGAGAGACACUGGAAUGGAAGAUAGUGCUUGCACCUUGGGCUUUAGAGUCAUGAUCAAGGAGUGCUGCGAUGGCAUGGGUGAUGUUAGUGAAAAGCAUGGUGGAGGACCAGCUGUUCCUGAGAAGGCUGUCCGCUUCUCUUUCACUGUUAUGUCUGUCUCUAUCCAGGCUGAAGAUGAACAGGAGGAGGUCACAAUUUUUACAGAGCCAAAGCCCAAUUCUGAACUAUCCUGUAAGCCCCUUUGCCUUAUGUUUGUGGAUGAGUCAGACCACGAGACUCUCACUGCUGUUUUGGGGCCCAUAGUUGCAGAGCGAAAUGCGAUGAAAGAGAGCAGGCUCAUUCUAUCUAUGGGCGGCAUGCCACGCUCCUUUCGCUUCCACUUCAGGGGCACAGGGUAUGAUGAAAAGAUGGUGCGUGAAAUGGAGGGCCUGGAAGCAUCGGGAUCUACGUAUGUCUGUACUUUGUGUGACUCCAGUCGAGCAGAGGCUGCUCAAAACAUGGUGUUACACUCCAUCACCCGCAGCCAUGAUGAGAAUCUGGAACGUUAUGAAAUAUGGAGAUCCAACCCCUUUUCUGAGUCCGCAGAUGAGCUACGAGACAGAGUCAAAGGAGUCUCGGCCAAGCCCUUUCUGGAGACCCAGCCCACGCUAGAUGCACUGCACUGCGACAUAGGCAAUGCCACUGAAUUCUACAAAAUCUUCCAAGAUGAAAUUGGAGAAGUGUUUAAAAACCCCAACCCCAGCAGAGAGGAACGGCGCAGCUGGAGGGCGGCCUUGGAUAAACAGCUGAGGAAGAAGAUGAAGCUUAAGCCAGUGAUGAGGAUGAAUGGGAACUUUGCCCGAAGGUUAAUGACCAUGGAGGCUACCGAGGUGGUUUGCGAACUGGUGCCCUCAGAGGAGAGGAGAGAGGUGCUGAGGGAACUCAUGAGGCUCUACCUCCAGAUGAAACCUGUGUGGCGUGCCACCUGUCCAGCCAAGGAGUGCCCUGACCAGCUGUGCCGCUACAGUUUUAACUCCCAGCGCUUUGCCGACCUGCUCUCCGCUACCUUCAAGUACAGGUACAAUGGAAAAAUAACCAAUUACCUGCACAAGACCCUGGCCCACGUGCCUGAAAUCAUAGAGAGAGAUGGAUCUAUUGGAGCAUGGGCCAGCGAGGGGAACGAGUCGGCAAACAAACUGUUCAGGCGUUUCAGGAAGAUGAAUGCGCGUCAGUCCAAGGCCUUUGAGCUGGAAGACGUGCUAAAACACCACUGGCUCUACACCUCAAAGUACUUGCAGAAGUUUAUGGAGGCUCACAAAGACUCUGCUAAAGCUUUCCAGGCAACAAUAGAUCCAGAAGAGGUCCAGGAUGAUGAAGAUUUGACUCCAGAAAUAACCGGGUUUUGAUUUCUGUUAGUUCUAUCUCCAUGAUUGAUUUAUUUUAAGAGUCUGUAAUCUGCCAAUUACCUCAACGUUUAUGUUUUCUCACUUUAAAUACUUAUUGAUAUUUCAAGCACAACAGAAAUGGAGUAGGUUUAUAUAUGUACAAAGAAUACUUUGUACAUAUUUUGGCAUUUGAUUACAUUUUUUAGAUUGGAUUGUUUUUGAUUGUGAUUGUUAGAGUCGUUGAUAUCUUUUGUUAGAUGAAACAAAAGACAUUUUCUUGAGGAAACAACAUUUUGCACUUAAAAUCAUCAGUACUUUUGAAUUCUAUGCAAAAAUAAUACAGUUUCUCAUGAAUAUUUGGUUUUUAUGUUUUAAACAUAGACAUAUUUGAACUGCUAUGUUUGGUUUACUGCCUGUUCCUGCAUUUCAGAAAUAACUGAGGAACUCACUGUAAACAUAACACACAAGUUUCUUUUCUUUGCUUUUCCUCCCACUUUUUUUUUUAAAUCUUUGCUGUCUGUGAAAUAUGGCACAUUUUAUUGUAUUGCAAGGAUAUGACACAUUUAUGAAUUUAUACAGGGGGAUAUUUAUGGAAGCAGAUGAAAGAGCUGUAAGUCAUGGACUAAAAUUGUGUUAAAAAAGACCACAUUUGUGGCUACUGUAUUAAUAUAUCAUUUUAGCCAAAGGAAAAUGCAAUCACAGGGCCCUAAAUGUUCUUUGUUUCAUGAGUGCCCUCUGAAAAAGAUGACUUUAGUGCUUUAUCGUAGGGUCCUCAGGGGCCAAAAUAGAUGCUGGGUCACUUUGAAGCAAUUUUUUAUCUCUUUUAGGCCUUGCACAGCAGAGGAUAGAUGAUAGUUAUUCGAAUUCUUCUCAUAAAAUGAAGCAUAUACUGACCUUUUUGUUGAUAUCAUAAGAAUAUAGUGUGGUCCAUUAGAGAGCCUAAUACCCCAUGGACUCUCCAGCAAGCAGGGAUUUUUCUUCACUUUUGUUUAUGACCUGGUUCUUUUUCUCCUUCAGUAUUUCUUCACUGCCACUGUUGACAGAGAAGAGAGAUGGGCAGGACCAGAAAGUCUAAUUUGUUGGCAACUUUAUUUGUUUGAUUGAUUGAUUAUAUUGUCUUUUUCUGCCCACGGUAUUUUGAAUUGUGACAGGCAAUUUUCUCUUUCUUUCUUGAUUGAAUGUUUGAUUUUGUUUUACUGCUAUAUGUUUAACCGUACAAAUGCCAUGAAAUAUUCACAUUUCAUCGGAAAGUUGUCAGAGCUCUGCAAUAACAUCAUUUUUUAGAGAGCAUUACAUUGAAAAUUGCUGCAUGUAUGUUUUUUUUUUUGCAAUAAUGAAUUGCAUUUCCAAAGUAAUGGAUGAUGGAUGAUUCACCAAAUUUCACUUGUUCUGUUUUGUCGUGUUUUUCCUCAUUUUACGCUUUCAGUCCUACACUAAACAUACACUCAGGUGAACUAUGAGCAGGUUUCUCUGGUGAUCUUCAAAGAGAAUCAAAAUAUUACACUACAGCUGUGCUGUUUUGUUCAGAUUUUCCUGUGCUGUCACUCAGCCUCAUAAGCAAUGUCUUACUGAAAAGGUAUUUUUGUGCACAAUGGAGAUUGUUGUUUUUGUUUUCAAGAUCAAUAAAUAAAUAAAUAAAGACAAUACUUGA